UUGUCCAUUCAUACACAUUUUCUAUUCCACAGGUUGGGGUAUAAAUACUUGUGUGGCGUUUGUCUGACGUGACACUCCCCCCUAGUCGAUGGGAGGCCGACGUCACCCUGCCAGCGGAGGAGUGGAUGGCCUCUGUAAUAAAAAUACAUGAAGAGAAUUGAGGAAAAGGAGAAGAUUGGCCGGGGGGAAAAAAGCAACAACACGGCGUUCAUAGCUUUUCGCUCGCACCCCACUCCUGAGCCAUGGACGUGAACGCCUUUUAAGACAGGCUGGGAUACAUUUUCGCCGCGGUAUCGAGAGCUCCGGCUGAAAGGCUAUGUUAUGUGUUGCUUUCUUGGUUUUUUGAGCAGACUGAGAGAGAUAACUGUACUGUAUCCCAGCCUAGCGGAUUGGAGUGAAAGUCCGCCAUAUUCUGCCUUACCACGCCCGGGAGUCGAGCCACUGGAAAAUAAACGGACAGCUUUAUUCAUGUGUCUUCCCCGCUGCCCUCAUCCACGACGAUAACUUGAACGCAAGGGAUUUUGCUGAUUGAAAAAUAACAACAUUGAAGACUUUGAAGAGAGGGCGGCCGGGCACGGAUGGCAAUGCUUAACGAGAUCACACGGAGCAGUACGGAGGAUGUGUCUUAAAAGGAUCUGUUGAUCAUAUUGAGAAGGAAAAGCAGAUUACACCAAUUAAGAUUGCACAGAUAUUCAACUCAAACCGCUUUGGACACUAUUUUGAAGCUGUCGAAAGGCCCAGAGAGCGAACCGAAACGGGGGGAGGGGGGGUCAAUAAUUUCUCAAACAUCUAAUUUUCCUUUCCACCACAAUCUGUGCGCUGUUCAGGCUCAUUAUAAGGGCGUCCACGCGUUAUUUCACCACAAGUAGGCCUGUAUGAGGACGUUAUUUGGCACUCAGGCCUCUGUGUUUUGUUUUGUUUUUUUUACCCCGACGAAUCUGAUAUCUGGAUGAAUCAGUAAGAGGAAAAAGCGGAAAAGUGCGUGUUUGAAAAAAAAGAAAAAGAAAAGAAAAGGAGAGAAUGACCCUGGAAUCCAUAAUGGCGUGUUGCCUCAGCGAGGAGGCGAAAGAAGCCAGGCGGAUCAACGACGAGAUCGAAAGGCAGCUCCGCCGGGAUAAGAGGGACGCACGCCGGGAACUGAAACUGUUGCUUCUCGGCACUGGGGAGAGCGGGAAGAGCACAUUCAUCAAACAAAUGAGGAUUAUCCACGGUACCGGUUACUCUGAUGAGGACAAAAGGGGUUUCACCAAAUUGGUCUACCAGAACAUCUUCACAGCCAUGCAGGCCAUGAUCCGAGCCAUGGAGACGCUCAAGAUCCCAUACAAAUAUGAGCACAACAAGGGCAACGCCAACGUUGUGAGAGAGGUGGACGUAGAAAAAGUCGCCAUGUUCGAGAAUCCUUACGUAGAUGCAAUCAAGAGCUUAUGGAAUGACCCGGGCAUCCAGGAGUGUUAUGAUCGAAGGAGGGAAUACCAGCUCUCAGACUCCACUAAAUAUUACCUGAACGCGUUGGACCGGAUCGCCGAACCAUCCUAUCUUCCUACCCAGCAGGACGUGUUGAGGGUUCGAGUCCCAACCACAGGCAUCAUUGAAUAUCCAUUUGACCUGCAGAGCGUCAUAUUCAGGAUGGUGGAUGUCGGUGGUCAGAGGUCGGAGAGGAGGAAGUGGAUCCACUGCUUUGAGAACGUCACAUCCAUCAUGUUCCUGGUAGCUCUCAGCGAGUACGACCAAGUCUUGGUGGAAUCAGACAAUGAGAACCGGAUGGAGGAGAGUAAAGCUCUGUUUAGGACAAUAAUCACGUACCCCUGGUUCCAAAACUCCUCAGUCAUUCUGUUCCUCAACAAGAAGGACCUGUUGGAGGAGAAGAUCAUGUACUCUCAUCUGGUUGACUACUUCCCAGAGUAUGAUGGUCCGCAGAGGGAUGCCCAAGCAGGGCGAGAGUUUAUCCUCAAGAUGUUUGUGGACCUGAAUCCAGACAGUGAUAAGAUCAUCUACUCUCACUUCACCUGUGCAACUGACACAGAGAACAUCCGUUUUGUCUUCGCGGCCGUCAAAGACACCAUCCUGCAGCUCAACCUAAAGGAGUACAACCUGGUGUAGAGCCGAGCAGGGCUGCCGACUGGAGGCCCUCAACACACACUGACUGACGCAAUCUGUGAAAAGAUAGAUCAUAUACACACACAUGAAAAAAAAAAUCUGAGAGAAAAAAAAAAAUCUAAUGGUUACAUAAUACUAAUUUAUUUGCCAUUUGUUGAUCUCUUGGUGCCCAAGGGGCGAGCAAAGUAAAUAUUCUCUUGCUAUUUAAGGAGUUGAUGAAAUAUAGGGAGGUGGGGGAGGGGUUUGCUGUUGAAUAUGUACAGCAACAAUCCUCAUUUUUAGGCUUUGCGCAUUGUGAAGUUUUUUUUAUUUUUUAUUUUUUAUUUUGUUUUGUUUUUUUUUUUUAAAGAAAGAAAGAAACUACUUUGUGCAGUGGAGGUGUGGAGGCUUGUUUUGUCUGCCAGUCUGAUACCUCAGAGCUGGAAUAAAUGCAACGUGCUCCCUCCCUCCUGCCUUUUUAUAAACAAAAAGAAAAAGGUUUUCAUUCUUUUCUCUCCCUCCUUACCCAUCGAUUCAUUCUGAAGCUUCGCUAUGGGCGUUGAGGAAAUGAUGUAACAGAUCUCUAAUUAACAGCUUCCUGUUUUCCUUCAAAGGACUGAUUGGCAAGUCUCUUAAUGAGUUGGCAUAAACUGUGAUUUUUAAAUUAUUUUAUAUUGAUUUGAUAUUGAUUGACUUCAUCGUUAUUAUUAUUAUUAUUAUUACUAUUAUUAUUAAUAUUACACUGCAUUGACUUUGGUACCAUCUGAUGAUGUAGGGCAUGUGUGACCACGGAGGCACGUGGCCCCAUUUUGGAGAAAUAGCCCGAGUCAUGUGUUGAGCGACGGUCACGUGACGCCUCUUUGCCAUCGACGUAACCACGAGGUUCAGGAGCUUGAGAGAAAUUGGCUUAAAAAAAAAAAAGCUUUCUAAGCUUCUAGCGACAAGUUGAGGAGGCACACACGGACCUCCGCUCUGUCAUGUCAUGAUGAGUCAUGAAGGCGACAGUCGCUUUACACAGACUGAAGGGAGCUGAGUUGGUAGUAAUUUAUGAGACAAUGUUGUUAAACGAUUAUGUUCCAAUGUGCCACAUUAAUGCUUUUAUAGUAAUAUGUAUAUUUAUUGCCAAUGCCAAAACAACUCGAGCACCAGACUCCACUUUGCGCUGUUUACUGCUUUAAUGGAAUGAAAAGUGUUGAGAGCAGGGCGAAAGAUUGCAGAAGGAGCAGACUGACUGACUUACUGAUCAACCAACUGAUUCUUGCAGUUUCUGAAGUAUUCAACAAAGUUAAAGGGUAUUCUUCCCCCCGCCCUCUCGCUCUCUGUCACACUGUCACACACACACACACAGAGAGCUCGGACUGACUAAAGCUACAGGUAGAUAGGCCUGCUGGGUUAAAGAGGAGGCAGCCACUCAGCGCGCUGAACUGCUCAAACUGUCAAAUCACAACCUCGCACAUGGAUACAAACCCCUCCCCCUGGGACCUGCAGACUUUCCAGUCAUAUUUUAGCUGUGUCCUUAUAUUUGUCAAAUCACAGCCCGGCUGUCUUGACUGUUGUAGUUCAGUAGCAGUGGAGAAUAAAUUUGGCUAAUCUCUAUGUAAAAGGGUAGUGUUGAUAUUCAGUUUGUACCAAAGUAAGCCCUUCUUGUUUCUGAUUGGCACCUCUCAUUUGCAAUUCCUCAUUCCCAAGUUACUUUGAGUAUUUUUUUGUAACAGUUCCCUAGAACAUAAGCCUGUAAUUUACAUUUAUUGAGGCAUAGUGCAAUUAUGAAUGCUAUAAUCGUUGUACAUACAUUUCUCUAUAUAUAUGGCAGCAUCUUUGUUGGCUUUGUAAUCAUUACUUUUUUGGCAGAUUGAAUGUGCGGUAUUGAAAAUAUGUAUCUAUGUAAUUGUAUUGUAUGUCUAAUGGAUAAUUCAUUUUUGGAAGAAAAAAUAUGUUAUUUACAUGUUUGUUUUUGUUUCCUUUUUUUUUUUUUAAGAAGAGAAUGUAAAUUUUGUGUUUUGCCAGUUUUAUUUCCCAGCAAAGAAACAUUGUUCAGCUUCAGAACUGCAUAACGAGGAAUAUUAUUAUCCAACUACAAGAUCGAUUGGUAUGCCAGUACUUACAGUAGCCGUUUUGUUAAAUUGACUUUUAUAUGAAAAACUGCAGACUGAAUCCAAUCUACAGGGCUAAUUGUAAUAGUUUAGUUCUUAACUGGCUUCAGGAACAGAGCACUUGUCAUAUAGGUGUAAUCACAUAACUCAUUGAUUCUUCUACCUUUAUCUUUUAAUUUCAUCACACAGCUGCUCAACACGUAUUGUUUAACUUCCCCACCCCACCACCAACCACCCUUUGAAGGCAGGAUGUUUUAUUUAACAGGUGGCAGGCGGGUGCACGUGCUGCUUUGGCUCAGAAAAAAAAUCUUGUUAAGGAAGAGAUGUAAUCAUCUGAUCGUUUGUGCUAAUAGAUGGAAAAUGCCAUCACCCCCUCAAAUGAACCUCCACCCUGAUAGAAAGUAUUGUAGAGUCUGUCAGAGUCAGUGACCAGUGUACACAAACAUGCAAAAAAUGACUCAUCCAUUUGGCCUAAUUAGGAUGGUACAUAUACAGGUGCUUUUUUUAAAAUUCCUUUUUUACUUCAUUUCCAUCUUGAUUGCCACCAGUUCAUUAGAAUGUACAGUAUUAUUUUAAAUGUUAUUUAUGAAAUGACAACAUAGGAGAAAAUACACAAACAGUUCACAUGUACAUAUUGCCUUACUGAAUAAGCUGUGCCUCUGAAGUCCCAUGCAAGGCACCUGUGUUCUUAGCAGAAGUGAAGCUAGUGCAGCCAAUAAUGUCCCGUUGUGCAGCUGGAGGAUUGUUUGGUUUUGGCUCGGUGGUCUCUCUUUAUUAUUCUGUGUUAGAAGAAGCCCUGGGAACAGCUUUGAAGUGUAGCUCAUGUAGCUAAUACGACAUCAUUACAGUACAUUAUAAGCACAUCACGACUGAACUGUAAUCAGAAUCACACUUCCUAUUGAUUUCAUAACAUUGUCACAUCAGAUUCAUGUCUUAAAAUCCAUGCCACACCACUGUGCAUUAUAAUGCAUUGAUCUGCCUGACUAUGAUUAAGCAACAGUGCUCCUACACGACAGAGUGGAGAAUGUGCUCGCAAAGUUUCACAAUCUGGACUCAAAAACUACCACCAGCCACCUGUGGAGUUGUUGUUUUGUUUUGUGUUUUUGCCGUAUUUGGCUACGGUUUGGCAUCUACCAGCCACUUUGGCAGACAACCAGGCCUCACUCUGAGGUCCUGUUGUUUUCAGAUAUUUCAGCUGGCUGGUCUACUUGCUUACAAGGAUGGUUGAUUUUGGCAGGCAACAACCACUUGAAUAAGUUCAUUUCCAGUCUAGCUCACAGUGCACUUGGAGUAAAUGAAGAUGCUACAAUAACCACUUAUCAACAGCAGGGCCUAAUAGGAAAAAAAUGGGGGCCAACUCGUCACAUUUUUAUUGGACGUCAAAACAGUGAUUCUGCUUGUUGCCAGGGGAGAUGUUUUGAAGCUGGACUAUAGUUUCAACUUAUCAGUGUUGAUGACCACUUGUUGUAGACUUGCAGUGAUUAGUAACUUGUGUCCCUGCUGUUGUAAAGUGGCUAUUUACACUGUCCCUGUUACUUAAAGGGAAGAUCCUUGUUUAAAUACUGCAUCCAACCCACUGAGCAGAGACUGUCCAUCCAUGUUUGUGAGCCUCACAAAGUAAUUGAAGUAAAUGAAAAUAAAAAGGAUCUAAGCUCAUUCAAACCAUAUUGUUCUGGCAAAAAAGCAUAUUAUAUUUGGAUUUUAUCUGAUAAAUAUGAGCCACAAACUAUUCCCAGGCUUUGCGAGUAAUUUGCUGGUGUUCACAUCAUUAAUCUGAGAGAGCACAUGUGAGUUACACUCGAGCUGGAUUUCCCUUUAAGAGAGCACAGACUCCAGCUGGUGUUGACUUGCUGACACAUUGUUGGAAAGCUCUGCUGCUGUUCAAAUUUCAUGCAGUAUGUUCAAGAGCAGUGCAGUGUUGCAUACAGUAUAUCGAGGAACUGCAGAAAACUACUCCAUAAACUGCUCUUCUACUCAAGUCUCAGACACAUCAUCUGAGUGCUUUCAGCUCGCCUACUGUCAGGUUUCUUUGCCUCCAGAUCCUGAUGAUAUGACGUUUAAUGACUCAUUUUGAAAUAGUGUUAUUAUGAUGAUCUCCAAUCAUAAUUGUGUAAAAUGUUUCAUGUAUCCAUAAAAUCGCACUCCUUCAACAUGUUUCUGAAUGAAGCAACAUGUUUCUUUUCAAAAGUA